AUGACCAGCCCGCCUCCGGCCCCGCCUCCGGCCCCGGCCCCGCGGGUAGCGGCCGAGAAAACCCCGGAUAAGCGAGAGAGAGAGCGGCUGCGUUCGGCGAGGCGGCGCCGCGAGGCGACUGCGGCACAGCGCGAGGCCGAAAGACAGCGAAGCAAGAACCGAAGGAAGAAGAUGACGCCGGAGCAGCUCAAGCGCCAGAGUGAGAUCCGGGCGCAGCGGCGCGCGGAGAAGGCUAAGGGCGAGGGGAAGGCCGGGGGUGCCAAGGCGAAGCCCGCGGCGACCGGUCCCAAGCCGGACGAUCCGCUGGCCGCGGAAGCCAGUGCGGAUGCGGCGCGCCUCGCCGUGAGCCCUAGUAUCGCCUCCGGGGGCGUGGAUCCGAUGAAUCCCAACGGAGUCUUGACGGCCGGCGCCGUGGGUGGUCUCGGGGCGGCGCACGACAUCAGCGGCGUGGGGUCCGACGACGCGACCCACCACGCGCACGGGUCGCUCAGCGUGCGGUGAUCCGUCGGAGUCUCGGAGACUCUCGACGAAUUUCUCUUCCUGAGCCACAGCGCCGCGGCGGUCGAGAAAAUUCGCGCCGGCGGCGACGGGAAAGAAGGUCCCCACUCCGGCUCGAUGUAAAGCUACGCGCUCACGCGCUCCUAGAACCUAUUAGAUAAACUCCGACGCGCGAGACGAAGCGAUCGCGGCGUGUGCGCGCGCGCGAGAACGGCGUGUAAACCGACGACUGGUAGUUU